AUGAGCUUAGGGCAAGGGAUGUUUAGGUACAAGCAGUUUGAUAUCAAGUCUGAAGUUCAGUUUAAUGUUAUCAAGAAGCUUAUAGAUAAUGAUCUUAGUGAGCCUUACUCGAUCUACGUUUAUCGGUACUUCUUGAAUCAGUGGCCAUCUUUGGCGUACCUUGCGUACGACCCAGCUGCGGAUGAAGAGAAUGCAGAGCCAAUUGGAUGUAUUGUGUGCAAGGCGGAGACACACCUUAAUGUACGCCAGCGUGGAUAUAUAGCGAUGCUUGCUGUGAAUAAUGGGUAUCGUGGCCGGGGGAUAGCCAAAAAACUAGUCACGCUUGCAAUCGAAGAGAUGAUUAGACAAGGGUGCGAUGAAAUCAUGCUCGAGACGGAGUGCAGCAAUGAGGUGGCACUACAUCUUUACGAAUCUAUGGGAUUUCUCAGGCUCAAACGAAUGUUUAGAUAUUACUUGAACCAGGGUGAUGCGUUCAAGCUAAUUUUGCCAAUUAACAAAAAGAGUUGUAUAAGGAGCACCUUCUUAGGCACACAGAUAUAG